CUCGGAGCUUGCGCUAGUAAAUGUUGAUUUCGCCACAUCUUUCCAGUAUUUUUACCUUUUAUAAUGGAGAUUGACAAUUGAUUCAUUUUAACUUGCAAAGCUAUAUUAUUGCACCAAAACGGAAUUAUAUUUGUUGUUGUAUUAUGAUCUCACCUGUAUUAUGAACAAAACCAGCAGUUAUCCGGAGGAAGACGUCCGGGACUCGUGGGAAGAAUUGGCUGACGAGAUGACGAUUCCACAGCCAGCGACCAAGAAAACGGUCAAAAAGAUCCUCAAGAAAAGCGAGGAAAAACCGAUCCCGCAAGCUGAAUCUCCGCGAAACGAUGCAGUGGGAACAACAUCCACAGUCACGAAAUUGUCUUCCUCCCCCGAAAUUGGCAAAGUGCGAAUACUGAAACGCGAUCCAGCGAUGCAGACUCGUCCUGGUCAGGAAAAGAAGGCCGUCGCUCCCUCACUUCCAAUAAAGACCUACGAGGAACGAGUGGCUGCUUAUAACGAAGCGCGUUUGCGGAUCUUUGGCUCUUUGGAUGAUGAUAUUGCUGGCAACAGCACGAAUCCAGUUGGAAGGGAAAUGAACAUGUCGGAUGCCGCAGAUAUUUCUCUUAACACAAACUCUAUUAGCAAAAAUGCACAACCCUCGAAUUUCUCUGCAUUCGGUAUGCACCGGUAACGAUUGUUUUCCAGAGUGUGUUAUUGUACUGUAAUGUUACCUUUUUAACUCCAGUCUUACCAUGUGUAAUCUUCGAUUUUUGUUUUGAUCUUUUUAUUUGUGCUUUUAGUAAAGUGAUGUUAACGAGAAAUUUUCUUUAAUACUAAAGAAGGUUACGUUUUUUAAAUUAUUAAUUUUGGUAACAAAAUGCUUGCGCCUAUUUUGCUUCUGGUCGCCACGGAAAUUCCGCUGGGCAUUCGCUGCACGUGUAGAAGUAUCUCAAUCGAUUGCGAAAAGUCAGUGGGCAUGCGUUGAUAGUAUCGCACUGCGGCAGUCGACUGGCAUCGUCUGCGCUACAUUGCCAAGGCGCAAAGCUGGUCAAUUGGGAAAGGGGCGUUGGAUUCUGCAUCCAUGCAACCGCCUGAAAAAUAAAAGAAUGUGCUUUAAAAUACUGGUGGAUAAUACGUAACGAU